AGCUGGAGGGAACAAGAACAGAUAAGGAGGGAACAAGAACAGAUCAGGAUGGAACAAGAACAGAGCUGGAGGGAACAUGAACAGAGCUGGGGGGAACAAGAACAGAUCAGGAGGGAACAAGAACAGAGCUGGAGGGAACAAGAACAGAUCAGGAGGGAACAAGAACAGAGCUGGAGGGAACAAGAACAUAUCAGGAGGGAACAAGAACAGAUCAGGAGGGAACAAGAACAGAUCAGGAGGGAACAAGAACAUAUCAGGAGGGAACAAGAACAGAUCAGGAGGGAACAAGAACAG